UUGAUUCAUAAAAAUCGAUCAAUUUGAAUUUAUCAUCGAAAUUCGAUCAUCAUCAUCAUUAAAUCAAUUACAUUGUAUUUAUGUUUCUACGUUUGUCAUUUAUCUAUAUACAAUAUAAUGAGGCUCACCAUGUUCCAGUUUUAGUUUUGUUGAAUCCUUAACAUAAUCUGUUCGACACAUUGAAAUAUUCAUCCUAAUCCGAGAAUGGAAUCACAACAACAACAACAUUAUUCAGCUACUGGUGCUGGAUCGAAUAAAAAUAUUGGUCAUUAUUCACAAACAUUGACUUAUCUACUUGGUGAGCUGAAACAUGUCUAUGAUCAACGAGAUGACCCUGAAAAGAAACGUAAAGCAGCUUAUGAAAGAUUGGCUGAAAUAUCGAAAAUAAUGCGUGUGAUUUUGGAAAAAUAUUCAUUACUGGAAAGUAAAGAAUUAUUAUUAAACGCUAGUCAAUUGGUCAAAGCUGUAAAAACAUAUGAUUAUAAUAAUUAUUCGAUUGAAUUGCAUUCACAAUUGGUCGAUAACAUCAACGCUUUGUAUAAAUCAUUCCAAUACAAUAUUUCCAAUUGUUUAAUGCAAGACGGCGUUUCAAUGUCUUCUUUAAAAUCAUUGGAUUUAACACAAAAAAUACAAUCAUCACCACCACCACCACAACAACAAACAUCAAUUGGCCAUCCAAGUCCUAGUGCCAGCAGCAAUCGAUCCAAUAAAUCAAGAACAUUACCGAUUAAUAUGCCUGAAGAACGAAUUUUCUCCUAUGAAUCCGGUCUAGAUGAACUUAUGAAACAGGCAAAAUGUUGGUGCAAAUAUAUGAAAGAAUUGGUCACUUUCAUUGAAAAACGUGCCCAAAUUGAAAGUGAAUACAAUCGUGCCAUCUCUAAGAAUGAUCAAAACAUGCGAACAACAAUUCAUCAAUUGAAAAGUGAUAAAGCUUUUUUACCUUUCCAUAAUGUUUAUAAUCAAUUUUGUCAAAACGAGAUCAAAAAUGCCAACAUGUGUGAUAACAAUUUUGAUCUGUUGAGCAAAAACAUUUUAGCUCCUGUUAAUGAAUUUCGUUUAGAGUUUGAUAAACAAAUUAAAAAGAUCAAAGAUGAUUGGGCCAAAGCGAAUAAACAACUUAAUGAUGUUAUCAGCACUUAUUCAAAAUCACGUGAAAAUUUCUACACACAAAAAUUACAGGAUGCUGAAAGUAAAACGAAACAAAAAUUCAGUUAUUUAGAAAGUAGCAAUGAAUUUAAUGAAGCUGAGGCCAACAACACUAAAUUUCUAUGGAUUCUUAAUGCACAGAAAGAAUCAUUUAAAAAAUCCAAACGUGAACUAAUUAGCCGAUUACAGAAUCUGAUGGCUAUUACUGAGAUUAAGAUCAAAGAAAUUACUUCUCAUUAUUUUGAAACGCUACGUGAUUCAAUCACUUAUUCGCCUGAAGAGAUUCAUCGGGCAAUUAUUGAUACUGAUCACCAUGAAAUGGGAAAACCUUAUCGUGAUUUUUCCAAUAGUCUUCCUCUAAUGUUUGACGAUUCUUCAUCAUCUAUCAAUCAUCAGUCGAUACAAUCAACUAGUCAUCAUCAUUCAGAGAAUCAAGAACUUUAUUCUAGCGAAUCUGACAGCGGUAUGAAUAAUAAUUCAAACGUUUAUCUAAUCAAACAGCAGCAGCAACAAAAACCGGUACAUAUCCGUAAAGAAAGCAAAGCGGUGAAUGCCAUUAAUCCUAAAACACAAUCGAAUGAUAAUUUUCAAAUUAAAGUGAUUGAGAAAAAAUACAAAAGUGUCUAUCAAUACAAAAAAGGUGUCAAAUGUAAUGAAAACAAAUCCGGUCCGAACCUUUUGUUUCGAGUUCCCCUUUGUCAACUUUCUUCAAAUGCUGUACCAGAUGUUAUAAAAAAAUGUGUUAAUCAGAUCGAAACACGUGGUUCUCGAAUAUCAGGCAUCUAUCGAGUAUCUGCAGUAAAAUCUCAAGUAGAUAGCUUGACGAAAGCUUACGAAACCGAUCCGGACAGUGUUGAUCUAUCGAAUGUUUCACCAAAUGUUAUUGCGAAUUUGUUGAAACAAUUUUUUCGAAUGCUUCCUGAGCCGCUAUUAACAUUCCAACUUUACAAUGAAUUGAUCGAAGUUGCUACGAGAUAUUCUAAAAAUUCUCCACUUGAUUCUUCUAGUGAAGAAGAAAUUGUCACUAGAUUAAGGAAAAUUUGUCGUCGAUUGCCGACGAUUCAUUAUAAUACCCUACGAUAUUUGAUAAAUCAUUUGCGCCAAAUUUCUAAAGACUCGGAAUUUAAUCAAAUGAAUCCGGGAAAUCUAGGUAUCGUAUUUGGGCCUACAUUGCUGAAAAAAGCCGAUAAUGAUGAUACAAACAUGCUAUACGAUACUAAUCAUCAAAGCAGAGUGAUUGAGCUAUUUAUUCUUUAUUCUGAUCAAGUGUUUGAUUCUGAUUCCGAACCUGACAACUAUGCUGGGAUAGGUAUCGGAUUACAUCGAAAUAAUUCAUUUGGUCAAAUUGAUAAUAAAAAGUCAUAUCUACGUCUAUGGAAACAUCUGAUUCAUCUUUGAAACAAAAUGGCGAAACUAUCAUGAAUAACAGCCAUUUCAAUAGAAUGCCACAGUUAUUAAAAUCGGCUACUUGUUCCUCCAUCCGUCCGG